AAGCAAAACCUCCAUUCACAACACCAUUCAAGCUCUCUCUCUCUCUCUCCCCUAACAAAUUUUCCCUCUCUAAGUUUCUUGGCCUUUCGUCUUUCGAACCCACCAUGGUGCUCUCGAAAACCGCCUCCCAGUCCGACGUCUCCAUCCACUCCACCUUCGCGUCCCGCUAUGUCCGGAGCUCGCUCCCGAGGUUUAAGAUGCCGGAGAACUCGAUACCCAAGGAGGCGGCGUACCAGAUUAUAAACGACGAGCUGAUGCUGGACGGGAACCCGAGGCUGAACCUGGCCUCGUUCGUGACCACGUGGAUGGAGCCGGAGUGCGACAAGCUCAUCAUGGACUCCAUCAACAAGAACUACGUCGACAUGGACGAGUACCCCGUCACCACCGAGUUGCAGAACCGAUGUGUGAACAUGAUAGCACAUCUUUUCAAUGCACCACUGGGAGACUCGGAGACAGCUGUGGGAGUGGGGACGGUUGGGUCGUCCGAGGCCAUCAUGCUCGCCGGGCUCGCCUUCAAGCGGAAGUGGCAGAACAUGCGCAAGGCCCAGGGCAAGCCCUGCGACAAGCCCAACAUCGUCACCGGUGCCAACGUCCAGGUGUGCUGGGAGAAAUUUGCUAGGUACUUUGAGGUGGAGCUCAAAGAGGUGAAGCUGAGGGAAGGCUACUAUGUGAUGGACCCGGUGAAGGCGGUGGAGCUCGUGGAUGAGAACACCAUCUGCGUCGCUGCCAUCCUUGGCUCCACCCUCAACGGCGAGUUCGAGGACGUGAAGCUCUUGAACGACCUGUUGCUCGAAAAGAACAAACAAACCGGAUGGGAUACCCCGAUCCACGUCGAUGCUGCCAGCGGUGGAUUCAUCGCGCCGUUUCUGUACCCGGAGCUUGAGUGGGACUUCCGACUUCCGCUAGUCAAGAGCAUCAACGUCAGUGGGCACAAGUACGGGCUGGUCUAUGCCGGAAUUGGAUGGGUCAUCUGGAGGAGCAAGGAGGACUUGCCUGAAGAGCUCAUCUUUCACAUAAACUAUCUUGGUGCUGAUCAACCCACCUUCACCCUCAACUUCUCCAAAGGCUCAAGUCAAGUAAUUGCUCAAUAUUACCAGCUCAUCCGGUUGGGCCAAGAGGGAUACCAGAAUGUGAUGGAGAACUGCCACGAGAACGCAAUGGUGCUGAAGGAGGGGCUCGAGAAGACGGGCUACUUCAACAUCGUCUCGAAGGACGAGGGGGUCCCACUUGUGGCCUUCUCGCUCAAGGACAACAGCCGCCACGACGAGUUCGAGGUGUCCGAGAUGCUGCGCCGCUUCGGAUGGAUAGUCCCCGCCUACACCAUGCCAGCGGACGCCCAGCACAUCACCGUGCUCCGCGUGGUGGUGAGGGAGGACUUCUCGCGCACGCUGGCCGAGCGCCUCGUGCUGGACAUCACCAAGGUGAUCCACGACCUCGACGCGCUCCCCGCGAAGAUCAAGGCCAAGAUGAGCAUCGCCUGCGCCCAGGAGAACGGGAAGGACAACGGCUGGAAGAAGACGGCGAUCGAGACGCAGAGGGAAAUCACGGAUGCCUGGAAGAAGUUCGUCUUGGAAAGGAAGACGAACAAGAACAAGAUAUGUUAAAAGGGGCACCCGCCACUUUUAACAUCUCACGAUACUUCGUAAUCUUCAUAUAGUUUUGUUCGCCUCAAUUCCCUCAAUUUUGCGUUUUGAAAUUUUUGUUCUGCUUCUUUCUUCUUCUUUGUCGUUUCAGUAAGUUGAUUAAUGCCAUUCAAAGAGCCAUGUAUGCGACUAAUUUUUUUUUUUGGGGGUGGAUGAUACAAUGAUAUGUCCUCUUACUUA